AUGUAUGUCUCUUCUCACCUCAUCCCUGUGCUCCACAAUUGUGCUUCGCAUCGCUUGCCAGUGGACGUGUGUGGGUCUGAUUUGAAGAACCCCUGCUAUGUGGGCACAUGCAUCAACGACGGCAAGGGCUCCUACUCCUGCAUCUGCCCUCCCAACUACGUUGAAAGCACAACCAUUGACAACUUCCCCACCUGCGACCCAGGUGCUGCUGCUUUGGCCUUUCCUCCUUUGCCUCGUAACGUGGUGCUUCAGCUGGAGAAUUCUCUCCUCAUUCCCUGCACCGCAUUCUUCUACACCAUCAAUAGCGACACUUGCUGGUCCAUCAGCAUGCAGCUGGGCUUCACAACCAGCAACCUCACUGCUCUCAAUCCCGGCCUCAACUGCUCAGAGCCCAUCAAGGCGGGCCACUCUCUGUGCGUCGAGCGCAACGCCACCUUCGCUUUCACCGUCCCUCAAUGCUCGCGAUACGGCGUGCUCACACCACAGGACACGUGCGAGCGCCUGCUGCGGCAGGUGGCGGGGAGUGCGGGCGACCCAGCAGGGGCUGCGGAGGUGAAUGCCAUGCGCUGGGCUGAGCUGUACCGCAACAAUCCCGGCCUCAUCUGCUCCGAUGUCAUCCCAAUCACCGCCUCUGCUGUUGGCAGCAACACUGGCGUGCAGGUGUGUGGUGGAGGGUAG